AUGUGCAAAAUAAUGUUUAUUUUGUACACGUUGCAGCCUGCAGGCCUGUUUGUGGGUGUCAUUAAUCUUUGCCAAAAUCAGUCCUCAAUUUGGACAGGAUUUUCUGUUCGACGCCUCAUGAGCCGUGUACGAUCAAUGACACGAAAGUCUGGCCCAUGGACAGCUGGCAUUAGCUGUCGAUGAUACAAAUUUGCGCCAUUGUUAUUUUAUUUACAAUAACAGGUGUACCGGCCUCCAUACACCGUGCACACACGCUUGAUUGAAUGCCGUACAUUCUGUAUGCAUUGUAAAUUGUGUGCAGGGAGUACAGCAAAAAACAACAACAACAACAACACAGUUCUUGUUCAUCAAGGUUGCUGCCUAUGCUGUGAACUGACCUGGUGUUCAUUCAUCAAAGAUGUCGCCCCUGAAGUUCAACCCCAAGUAUGUCUCUCUGAGCGUUCUGAUCCUACAGACCACAUCCCUGGUCCUGACGCUACGAUACUCCCGCAUGGUGCAAGGUGAAGGCCCACGAUACCUCAGCACCACGGCCAUCGUCAUGGCUGAACUGAUCAAGAUGUUGAUCUGCGUUGUGCUAGUACUGGGCGGAGAAGGAGCAUGGAGUAUCUCGAAUCUGAUCAGAAUUAUCCGAGAGCAGAUCAUCAACAAGCCAACCGACACACUCAAGCUAGCUGUGCCGUCUGGUCUCUACACGAUACAGAACAAUCUGCUCUUCCUAGCCUUGUCAAACCUCGAUGCUGCAACAUACCAGGUCACGUACCAGCUGAAGAUUUUAACGACAGCCAUGUUCUCUGUCCUGAUGCUGAGCAAAAAACUGAACUCCAACAAAUGGGUAUCCCUCGUACUUCUUAUGGCAGGGGUCGCGUUAGUGCAGAUGCCAACAGAAAGUAAAGAUCAAGAAAAGAUUGAGUCGGCACCCUCCAAGAACCAGUUUGUAGGUCUGGUAGCUGUACUCUCGGCCUGCUUCUCUAGUGGGUUCGCUGGGGUUUACUUUGAGAAGAUACUCAAGGGUACCAAGCAGUCGAUAUGGCUGCGAAAUAUUCAACUUGCUUUCUUUGGUGUUUUAUUUGGGCUGGGCGGGGUCAUCAUGAACGACGGCCAGCAAGUCAUGUCAGCGGGUUUCUUCCAAGGCUACAAUAAUCUCACGUGGAUCGUCGUUUUAAACCAAGCUUUUGGUGGUUUGAUAAUAGCUGCUGUCAUCAAAUAUGCUGAUAACAUCUUGAAAGGAUUUGCAACCUCUCUCUCCAUCAUUCUAUCAAUGAUUGUCUCCUACUACCUGCUCAACGAUUUUAUCCCUUCAAGUUACUUUUUCCUCGGAGCUGCUCUCGUCAUAAGUGCAACCUUCCUGUACGGCUACGAACCGUCAAAGACCACUCAGCUGUCUCUGCCUAAGCCUGUCUGACUACCUUCCCCAUGGAGAUAGUGCUACUCCACUUCAUCCUGUGUGCUUUAUCGUUUACUAGCCUGGGAGACCACACCCAUCUGCAUGUCCGACAAUGGUGUGGGUAAGGUUGGAUAGCAACAGUUGUCAUGGCAGUCACCAAUCAGCUGUCACAUCCCAACCUUUCUGUUCUAGGGCAAGCUAGAGUUAACCAUAUUUCACUAAAUUUGCUUGAACGAAGGAGUGUUGGACCACUGUAGUUGACUAUUUGGAACCAGAGCAUGGAGCAUGGUUGCAUCGCAGGUUACCAGUAGCCAUGCGCAUCAUAAACCGCAACAAGGAGCCAUGACUUUUGACCAUCGUUUGACGAGAGCUGUUUGCGCGUUGCUAUAAGUGCAGGUGUUAAAUUUCAUUACAAAUCAACCACUGGUCGACUAAUGGUCCUCUCCUGUAGUUUGUUUUAGUAUAUUUUAAUAAUUUUUUCAACUCCAUUAAGCAGUUGAAUUUCACGAUUUUCUUGUUAAGGACGGUUCAUACUCGGCGCCAAAGUGAACGUGAACACAAAUUUGUGACGCCAAUGCAAGUUUUCACACAUUUCAACUUCGCAGCGAAUGCUUUGUGACGUGAAAUUUGCAUCACAUUCGCAUGAAGUAUGAUUCAGCCUUUAUAGAACCUUGGACAUUUUGACCGUAACCAAAUUAAACAGCAUGUCAACUUCUGGGCUCAAUUUUGCUUACAUAAGUGAUGCAGCAGUAGAUAACUCCACGGAUUUGUAUACCUGGGCAGUUUAUGCUAAUUGUCUUCCAUUCUAGAGUGCUUAUUUGUUACUAAACUGUAAUAUAAUAUGGAUUUCCUAUUGUUGUUUUUGUAGCCUGGUUUCUGAAGCCCUUUUGUUUUCCUUUUUAAUUAUCUCUUGAGUUUUUGAAAACCCGUGUUGAGCCUGCCCAAGGUUUACAUGGCACCAACAACGGUUACGUGUUCUUACACCUUGAUAUGAGGCAACAUACUACUAACCACACUUGGUUUAAACUAAAGUGUCAGUCACGGAGAUUAAGCCCUGGUUUGUUGCCGUUAAUGCAUUGGUCCCUACACCACCCCAAACUGCCCUGCCUAUUACUCCAUGUAUCGCCCGGAACCGCCCCAGUACGGGUGUUAUGGAUUCAUCAGUGAAUAAAUACAAUGUAAUACAAUGUAAUAACAUGUAAUACAAUGUAAUACAGUGUUGGACAAGUCCCAGUGGGUUAACCUAGUAGUAACAGCAUGUGAGCAGGGUUAACAUAUGUUUCAAAUUAGAAGUUGCGUUCCCUGUGCUAUUUUCAAGUUCCAUCCCGAAACAUAGAUUACUUUUCUGAAUUACUAUUUUUCUAGCGAUACAAACGUUAUCCACUUUUGAAUGAAACACGAUCGAAAAAAAUCGGCCCAUGUUUAGUUAUUGAAUAAUUAAUAUACAAUUUUGAAUUAUUUGCUUCCAGAUAAUAAUUCUGUACUCUCGGGUUAGGCUAUUGGCUCUAAAACAAAAACAAAAACUUUCUUGCAGAAGUCCAAAAAGGAAAAAAAGAGGUAUUCUUUUGGUUUUAAUAAAUCAUAAGUUAAAAAUUUAGUAAUUGGAAAUUUAUUAAUAGGAAAAUAAAAUUGAAUUUGUUAAAGAGCACGGGGAACGGAACUAUAAACGGUUAUUUUCUUUUUAGUUUCCUUUAACUUGCAACAAAGACAUUGGACAUGUACUGAACAAUUUCUGCAUUCUUAACGAUAAUGCUGCAAUGUCGGAUCUGUCUCACUAUUAAGAAGACACUAUUUUGAUCAAGGAAAAUGUAUGUGUGCCUUAUGUAUUUAAAAGUAAAAAGUCAUCUUUUAAUGUUUAAUGUAUAUAACUUUUAGAUCAGUUGGUAGGAUUAUAAUGCAUGCAUUAUGUCAGUUCAAGAGUUUAUACAUUUCUCUGGACACAAAAGACAAGUAACCAAAUGUACUUAUGGCAAUAAAUUCUGGUUUUUCUUCUCCAAACAUAGAUACAGCAGAAUGAUAUUAAAAGAAAUAUUAUAUAUAUUCUAGAUUACAUCCAAAUUAAAUUACUUCAUUUGUUUCAUUUC